AUGUUGAAAUCACUUAACCAAACCUUGAGAGGAUAUGAUAACUUUGGCGUACCUUUAAGCCUUAAUAUCAACAAACAAUAGGAGUAUAAGAGUGUUUGUGGAGGAGUAUUGUCAGUUAUGAUGACAGUUGUUCUGAUCUACAUUCUUGUUUCUGGCUUGAUUGGUGUAUUUAAUAGAGAUACCUACACAAUUGAAGUCUAAUAGCUUCAGGACAUGGAUCCAGACUUAAAGGAAAUGAAUAGCAAUAACUUUAUGUUUGCAAUUAAACUUGAUAAUCCGUUUACCGAUUAUUUUCCGAAUUUAAAUAAGACAGCAUUUAACAUCUCUAUGAAUCAAGUUUAUAUAGAGACAACUUCGAAUGGAAAAAGAACCAAAAGAAUCACGAAGUCUUAUAUGUUGGAGAGUUGUACAACUAAUCAUUUUCCUUCAAUAAAUUUUGAAGAAUUUCAUUAAGUGGAGAAUUAGUUAAGCCAUUAUUUAUGUCUCCCAAAAGAUUAUUAACUAUGGUUAUAAGGAACUUAUAGCUCAAAUAUUAUGUAAUUCCCUAAAUUAUCGGUCUCGUUAUGCAAAUCAGAGAAUUGCUAUUCAGAUUCUGAAAUAAUGGAGUUAUCUAAGAACGCAUCGGUUAUGGUUUCUCUUUCAACGAUCAUUUAAUCUGCAAUUUUCAUGGCCAAUUAAACCGAUUAUCCAUUAUAUCAAUAUUUGAAUUCAGAUUUCUUUUUGGCAACCAAUUUUGAUGCAGAAUCAACUGCUGACAUUUUCUUUGAAUCCAAUAGAAUAGUGAAUUAAAAUAGCAUUUUCAGUUUCUAUGUAGAUGAUGAAACAAUCGACUAUUGGGUUUUCCCAAUUUACAGUUACAGAGAAAUCAAAACAUUCAAUAAUGUUCCUAGUUCGUUAUUUUCAGUUAAUUUUAGAUUGAGUUAAGAAUUUCAAUAGACAACUAAGAAAGUUAAUACAAUCGAUUAGUUCCUAUCAUAUUUUGGAGGUAUGCUUAAAAUAAUCUCAUCUAUUUUCGGAAUUGUAGCACUUUAAUAUAAUUAAAUGGGCCUGAGAUUGUCUUUGGCCAAUUCUCUUUAUUAGUUUAAUGUACCAUAAAAAAAGGAUGGCAGAAUAGAGUUUUCAUAUGAUAAACUGUUAAGUUAUAUCUAAAGACAACUUAACAAAGUUGAUGAAACAAUAAAUAAACUCAAAAAUCAUACUAUAAAUCUUGUUAAAAUGAAUAAAAUAACUAGAGCUAUAACUUUAAAACAUUAAUCCAAUCCUACGUAAUAAAGUGAAAAGAAGAGUUCCAUUUUAAUUGAUUAACCGCUUCAUCAUGAUGAUAUUCAAAGAUAAGCUAGUAGUCUUUUAGAAGUUAAAGAGUCUUUUUUAAAAGAUUUAUUCAAUGAAAUUUUUGAAUAAAGAAAUAAGUUAAAAUUAGGAAUCAACUUUUUCUUUUAUCAACUACUCUGUUGCACUUGUGUUGAGAAAAUAAGAGUGACUCGUAAGAUGCUUCAAUAAUGUGAGAAUGUAAUACUGUAAGAUUUGGAUAUUGUGAAUAUAUUGUAGAAAUUACAACAAAUUGAAAAAUUGAAAUAAGCACUUCUAGAAAAGGAUUAAAUCAAAGUUUUCAAUUAUACUCCUAAACCAAUUAUAAAUGUAGAACCCAAUUACAAAUUCAAUCAUAAUCAAGAAGGUGAUCCAAAUUUCCUGUUUUCCUAGGCUAAUAAACAUAAACAUAAUAGGUUGAUUAGAAGCAAAAAUUAUCAUAAUCCUAAAAAAAUGGUUAAAAUCUACAAUUCCUACUCAAAAUUGAAAGACAGUUCAGAAGUAGUGAAUUCUAGAAUUAUUUAUUUAAUGGGUCCAGCAAUGGAACAAAUAUUUAACAAAUAUUAUGAGGUGUAAACUUAUUAUGAGCAUCAUAAAAUUCAUCAAGAAGCAUAGAAUUAGGUUGAAUAAUAUCCCCAAAUGACAGAGAAACUAAUAAGUGAUAAUGCCUCUCCUCUACCUUAAACUGAAGACAAUGACAAAAAGAAUAAUUAGUCCAAAGGAAAAAUACAUCUUCAACUCAAACCUAAAACAUUGAAUGAAAACGAUAACUAGUUUCUUGAUUAAUGA